UCCACCCAGCAACCCUCCCACACCCAGCCAACUGCCUCCUCACUCGCUGCUUCCCACUCAGCUUCUCCUCCGCAUCAUCUUUAUAGAGGAGAGAGGCGUUCAACUUAUCGGGAAAACAACUUCAUCAGCCGAGACACACAUAAAUACAACAUCCCUAGAACUAACUUCUAACGUACUUGUGCACGGUACACAGAGUAAAAACACACGCGCGCGCGCACACUCACACCUGCACCGACCAUUCGUCCAUUCAUUGACGACGAUGGCAUUCGCCGUCGAGUUUCACGCUCACGCGUUUCUCGUCAGCGCCGCCCUCUUGCUCAGCCUCGCCGCUGUGGAGGUGCAGCUGGAGGCGCCGGGCUGGAGGCAAGGCUACGGCUCUCGCUACGCCGGGCAGCAGGUUAUCCGCGUUAUUCCGGCCAACUCGAGGCAAGCGGAGAUGUUGCGCACACUUGCACGCGAUGCCAAGCUGGACCUGUGGCACCCAAGCAGCGGCGACCUCAUCCACCCGGGCGCCCCCACCGACUUCCGCGUCCCCCGCUCCGUCGUGGCCGGAUCGGGCCGCCGCGGCGGCGAGGGCGGCGCACGGGGACGCGGGGCCUCGCUGAGCCCCGAGGAGGUCAAGGCCUUCCUGUCGCGCGCCAACGUCUCGCACACGGUUCUGAUGGACGAUGUCCAGAAGGUGAUCGAUGCCCAGCUCAAGACCUCCACCAGAGACAAGAGGAAUGCCCGGGGGUACAACUACAAUGUGUACCACCCCCUGGAGGAGAUUGUGACGUGGAUGUCAGACGUCGCGGAACAGAAUCCUGCACUGGUCUCGCGCAUACUCAUCGGAAAGUCUUACGAGGGGAGGCCUCUAUACAUUCUUCAGGUGGGGAAAAAGAAAGGUGGGACGAAGCCCUCGAUGUGGCUCGACUGCGGGAUGCAUGCGCGCGAGUGGAUCAGCCCAGCCUUUUGCCAGUGGUUCGUGAAGGAGGCUGUGCGCACCCAGCGCAGUGACCCGGCCAUGCGUCGUUUACUCAACCGCCUCGACUUCUACGUCAUGCCCGUGCUCAAUGUGGACGGCUACGCCUACAGCUGGAACAAGGAUCGCCUGUGGCGGAAGACGCGAUCCAAAACGUCGCGUAAAGGCUGCCUGGGAGCGGACGCCAACCGCAACUGGAACGUCGGCUGGAGCGGAGCGGGCGCCUCCGUGCACCCGUGCGAUGAGACGUACUGCGGGGGCCGCCCCGAGUCGGAGCCCGAGGUGAAGGCGGCAGCGCGCUUCCUGAAGCGCCAGCGGCGGCUCCUCCGCGCCUACGUGACGGUGCACGCCUACGCCCAGCUGCUCCUCUACCCAUACGCGCACCGCCGCAGCGCCAUCCCCAACCGCCACUGCGUGGAGCUGGUGGCCAAUGAAGCGGUGUCGGCGCUGCACGCAGUGAACGGCAGCAAAUACGACUACGGGCCUGCCUCCUCCACCAUGUACGUGACGUCAGGCAGCUCGCUGGACUGGGCCUACUCGCAGGGGGCACGCUACUCGUUUGCGCUGGAGCUGCGCGACACGGGCCGCUACGGCUUCCUGCUGCCCGAGCGCCAGAUCGGCCCCACGUGCGCCGAGGCCAUGAGGGCCGUGUCCAUGAUCGCCGCGGCCGCCCUGCGCAACUGCCGAUAGUGAGCGUGGCGCAGCCCAGGGGAUGUGACUGGUGGACUUUGCUUCGACUGGACUGGACCAGACUGAACCAAACCAGACUGGACCGGACUGAACUAAACCACGCUCUAGUGCACUACACCGGACUGAACUAGACCAAAACAGAUUGGAGCAUACUGGACUGGACUUUGUCGGCCUGGAAUGAACUGGACAUGACUGGACUGGACUUUAUAGGGUGGGGAUGGACUGUACUGGCAGCCUUGGCAGAAUGGCCGGGCUCGCCAACUCAGGAGGAGCUCAGAGUGACGUCGCAUCCAUGCUGCUCUUCCAGAUUCUCCGAGCGCAGCCCGUGCGUCCUUCAAGUUGGGGUGGACCCGAGUUCGGAGGCCGUGCCGUUACACUAGAAUGGACUAGACUGGAUUGAACUGAACUGGACUGGACUGGACUGAACUGGACUAGACUGAACUAGACUGGACUUAUCUGGACUGGACUGAACUGGACUGGACUGAAGUGGACUAGACUGGACUGAACUGGACUAGACUGGACUGAACUGAACUGGACCAAGCAGGACUGGAACACAUUGAACUGGACUGGACUUGAGCAGUCCGAGUGGACAUAUCAUUUGAGAAGCAGGCGGAAAUGACCAGGGCUUAAUUUCAGUUGGGUCAGUUCGCAUCGCCAACUCGGCAAACAUUUCCGUAAAAAUGCUCACCACACUUAGUGUACCUUUGGCUGCGGCUCCUAGUCAUGCGCCGCCUGCUCCAGCUACCGGUGAUGCCGAACAUAUUCAGUGAGAAAUUAAGCCCUGGUAAUGGCCAAUUGACAUUGCUACUUGGAUGUGAGGUUCACAGUGGCCGUGUCUAAACACUGAGCCGACGUCACUGCGGUGUGAGACUUAAAUUCGUGUUUCGGCCACCCCUGGUAAGUCCGCGUUUUUUUUUCCAUAAGGGCUGAUGGUCUCAGUCUGGUCGUCAGUGAUUGCACACAAAAAUCCACCGAUGAAAUUAGUUUUUUAUUUAAUUUGACGAAGCUACGCUUUUGGCGCUGAAUAAAAAAAAGUCACGGGCCACUUGAGUUGCGGCAUAAACCAGCGGGUGUAGCAGUGCCACCCAGAGUUGGAGCAAGAGGGAACUGUGGCCGGCAGGAGUUCUGUGAUGUCCACAUCUCGAGGGCCGAUCCCUGGAUUGCCGUGAGGCCAUACUGCCUGUGGGAGGUCCACACAGACACUCGUUCGACGCACGGCAUUGCUUACUCGCAGAGCUCACCCAGAAGGUCAUCGGUGAUACAAAUGUCUAAAUAUUCCCUCUUGAAAUUGGAACGACUUCAAAAGAAUAACCUGAUAGAGACAAUGCCAUUUGUGGGGCUUGUGUAUAAACACGUUUUCACCUGUUGGCAAAUAAAAACAAGUCUCUUGUCCAGUAUAA